GACGUCAGGACGCAGCGGCGCCGUCAAAAUCCGCGAAAUGAAAACAACAAACACCGAGGAGGAAGAAACCGAGAAAAACCUCCGGAUGAAGAAAACAUUUUAAUACCCUUUUAUAUAGAAUAUAAUUUAUAUAUAUAUAUUAUUAUUAUUGCGUUGGCCGGCAGUUUGCGGGUCGGUAACCCCCCCGCCCCCCCGGCUCGGUCUGCUUGUCGUGUUCAUGCUGUCCCGUCCUCCUCGCCUCUCUCUCGGUCUCUGCCUCCCCCAUGUCCCGCUGGCUCUUCCCCUGGUCCGCCUCCAUCAAGAAGCGCGCCUGCCGCUACCUGCUGCAGCACUACCUGGGGCAUUUCCUGCAGGAGCGGCUGAGCCUGGAGCAGCUGAGCGUGGAUCUGUACAACGGGAGCGGCGUGAUCCGAGACAUCCGCCUGGACGCGUGGUCAGUCAAUGAGUUGUUGCAGUCGAUGGGGGCUCCUCUGGAGUUGGUGGACGGGUUCGUGGGCAGCAUCUCCGUAUCGAUCCCGUGGGCGGCGCUGGUCACUGAGAACUGCACCGUGGAGGUCAGCGGCCUGCAGCUCACCUGCCAGCCCAAGAACCGCACCACUCAGGGCUGGGACUCUCAGGGCUGGUCCUCCUGUAUGGUCUCCAGCAUGCAGCUGGCUCAGGAGUGCCUGAAGGAGCCUCUAGAGGAGCCAGAGGAGCCCCCCGACCCCCUGGAGGGGCUCGAGAUGUUCGCCCAGACCAUCGAAACUGUGCUGCGCAGGAUCAGGCUGCGGUUUGUCGACACGGUCGUUCGAGUGGAGCGCCCCGCCACGGGGGGGCAGGAGGGCGUGGCAGUCGAGGUGCACAUCAAGAGGCUGGAUUACUGUGACGAGGCAGUGAAGGAUUCGUGCGGCCCGGCUCUACCCGUGGAUCUGCACCAGCCGCCCGCCUUCGUGCACAAAACCCUGCAGCUGAGCCGAGUGCAGCUGCUGUACGAGAGGACCAGGGGCAGCCAGGAGGCUGGCUGCUCCGGCAGUGAGGGGGAGGGGGAGGGGGCUGACCCCGCUGACUCCGCCCCUCCACAGCCCCCCCUGCUCAUCGGUAGCUGCUCGGGGUUCAUGGAGGUGACAGUGAAGAUCAAACAGAACGAGGCUCUGCCCGGACCCAAGUUGGAGCUGGAUGGUAAGCUGGGCUCCCUGCACUUGCUGCUGUCACCCGAGCAGAUCCCUCCCCUGACUGAGCUGCUGUCAGCACUGAGCAUCUCCACAGAGGCGGGGGUCCUGUCCGAUGGAGGGAAGAGCCGGCCCCUGGGUUCGGAGGACCUGCGGCUGAUCGAGGACGAUCUGAACAAGCAGCUGAGCGGAGAGGCGGUGGAGAGGGGGAGGGAGAGAGGGGGGGAGGAGAGAGAGCCCUGUACGCUGAGCAGCCUGGACAGCAGAGAGAUGUUCUUCUCCAUGGCCCCCCCAGCCCUGUCCAGCAGCAUUGCUUCUCUGCACUCAGUCAGUGAUCUGUCCGACUCGGAGCUCGACUCCUCCCUGCACAGCGACUACAGCAGCUGCCAGCCCCCCCCAUCCCUCGCACCCAGGUUCAUGGUGAGCAGCCCCUGUCGGUUUGAGGGGACCCCCUUCACAGCCCCCCCGCCCGGCCAGCAGCCCCCGGGGAGGCCCACAGGCAGGCCCCCUCCCCAGCGCCCCCUGGUGGAGACUCUGAAGACCGAGGCUCUGCUGAGGCUGUCGAUCGGGGGUCUGACGCUCACCGUGCUUCAGCAGGACCCCGCGGAGCCCCUGAUUGGCCGGCCGGGGUCACGCGGCCCCGGCGUGGCACUCCCAUUGGCCGAGGUGUCGCGACGGUUCUUCGAGGAGCUCAGCUUCUUCAAGGACGCCGCCUUCAGCGGGAGGGACUUCCAGCCGCUGAGACAGCAGUUCCAGAGAGCCUGUCCACACUCCCACCUCAGGGUGACAGGCUCCGCCAUGCAGCUGGUCUGUGAGCAGCGUUGGGGGGGCCGGGGGGUGCAGGAGCUCUGCGCUGACCUGUCCUUCAGCAAACUGGAGGUGCUGGAGAGCCUGUGGAGCGAGGGGGGUGCGGGGGGACCCCAGUACACACAGGUGCUGGUCUUCCAAAACACAGGUGCCUUUGCAAUUGGGUCGACUGUGAAACCAUGCGCCCAGAUCCACUGCAAACUGACAGAGCGCUCCAGGGGGAAGAGCUCUCUGAAGUCUCACACAGUGAAGCGUUCGAGUGACGUGUUCAUUGAACUCUCCGAGUUUUCCUCCGAGAUCGACCUGGGAAUUCUGGACCGGCUCGACGCCAUCAUCCGGGUUCUAGGAAAAUCCGGGAGAGGAGAUCCCGACCCACGCACCGGCCUUCCCAGCGAGCUCUCUGGUGCCCCCCCCUGUUCUCAUGAGCUCUCCUCUCUGCGUCUGCUCUCCCCGCGGGCCGUGGUCGAGCUCCAGUUCCCUGUCCCGGACCUCAGAACCGGGCCGGAGCGGCACCACUGGACCCACAAGGAGGUUCGAGAGGAAGUUCUGGUUCUGGACUUCAGCGAGCUGGACCUGCGGACCCAGGCCAGUGGCACCAGUGGACCUGUCAGAGUGGAAACCACUUUCACUGACCUGCAUGGAGUCUAUCGGGAUGCUGAGAAGGUGUCUCACCCCUGUCUCAGAGUCCAGAAGGCAGUGGACCCCCAGUGGAGGGGCCCAGGCAAGCGGUACCAGAACCCCAAGAUCGUGGUCACCCUGAACCCGGAUCCUGGACCCCAGGACUGGGAGUCUGUGCUGGAGAGGAGCGUGGAGUUGGACUUGGGUUCAGUGGAGAGCCCUUGUGAGCUGAGGCAGCCGGAGAGCUCCCCGUUCAGCUCCAAGAGAACCAUGUUCGAGACGGAGGAGAUGGUGAUCCCGGGAGACCCAGAGGAGAUGGCACAGUUCCAGUCGAAGACGCUGUCCUGCUCCCAGUGUGUGGUGGAGCUGACCCUGCCCAGCGCCCACCUACUCUUGCACAGCAAGGAACUGUACAGCAGCAUUUACAACAGGAUCAACAACGACCUCCUGAUGUGGGAGCCCAGCGCCCCCCCGCAUCACUGGGGUCCCAGCGACCUGCCCCCCCGACCGACGGGACAGACAGACACCUUCCGCAUGUGCAAGUCAGCCUUCCAGCUGGAUUCGGACUCUGAUGAGGACGACCCCCCCGUCGCCCCCGAUGACUCAGCGAAGUGCAAGAGGGCGGAGCCACACACAGGCCACGCCCACAGCUUCCUCUCCUUGGCGGCACACAUCGGGAAGGGGCGGAUCUGUGCCAUGACUGACAGCAAGGGGGAGGGCGGCAGGAAGCUGGACGGCUGUCACGGGGAGCUGGUGUUGGACGUGGACGGGGGGACAGUGUUCAGUGUGUCUCAGUAUCGGGGGGACCCUCUCUUCAGCUACCUGUGCAUUGAGGGACAGCGUGUGGAACUCUACCACCGAGCUGUGGUGCCAGACUCCCCCCUGCCGGAGCGUUUGGAAGUGCCCAGCUUCACCCCUCCCACACACCUGGACCCUACCAUCUACCCCUCAGAGGAGGGGGCGGCCAGCAAGGCGACUGCAGGCCGGAGAGAGCGGGGGCUGCACAUGCUCUCCACUGCCAUCAAAAUCAACCUGGAGACGCACAGGAACGUGAAGGAGUUCCUGGUUGCUCUUCGACUGCAAGGAGCCACGCUGCGACAUCACAUGGCCCCGACCAAUCAGAGCUGGCAUGAGCAGCUGGUGGAUUUCCUGGAUGUUCUGGAUGAUGAGAUCCUGGGCUACACCCCCCCCGCUGUCAUCACAGUGCUGCACACUCACCUGCUGAGCUGCGCUGUCGACUACAGGCCCCUCUACCUCCCACUGAGAGUUUUCCUCACAGCCGAGACGUUCACUCUCUCCAGUAACAUCGUCGUGGACACGGCCACCUUCCACCUCCGGUUUAUUCUGGAUGACUCUGCCCUCUAUCUGUCUGAGAAGUGUGACAGCGAGGCGGUGGACCUGAGGAAAGAUUACGUGUGCGUGCUGGACGUGGAUCUGCUGGAGCUCGCCAUCACCACGUGGAAGGGCAGCGCCGGGGGCAAACUGACUCAGCCCCUGUUUGAGCUCCGCUGCUCCAAUAACGUUGUUCAUCUGCACACCUGCGCUGACUCUGGAUCGGAGCUCCUGAACCUGGUGCAAAGAGUCUGCUCCAAUAACCUCAGACUCACUCCUGCGUUGAGCUCCGCUGCUCCAAUGGACUCGACUCGCUCUCUUCUAGUUUCAAUAAUAACACUGAUGAAGCUCUGGAGCCCAAACGCUGCUCUGCUCGACUCUGUUUCCUCUGCUCUGAUUGGUCCUCAGCUCUCUGAAAGCCCCGCUUCCUUGCCACCCUGCCUUCCUGCUGAGACGGCAGAGAUUAACCAGUGUGACCUCGCCGACGCCUUGAUUGACACGGAGAGGAGCCAGGGAGAGGGGACGGCUGGCACAGGCUCCCCCCUGUCGGUGCGGCAGGCCUCUCCAGUCUCGGUGUACCUGUUUCCAGGUGAGCGGACCCCUCUGCGCCGCUCUGCCUCCCUCGAGGGGGGCGGUGAGGAGGGGGACCCCGACUCUGAUCGACAGUCCCAGGGCUCGACCGAGGAGGACGAUGACUUCUGCAUCCUGGAGGCUCCGGGACUGGGAAUACCAUCGCGGGAUGGUGAGCCCGUGGUGUCCCUCCUCUGUCCCGGGCCGGUUCUGAUCCGGGAGGGUCACUUCUCGCGACCGCUGGGCAGCACUGACCUGCUUCGCGCCCCGAGCCGGUUCCCGGUGCCCGAGAGCAGGAUCCUGCUGCGCGAGAUCAGCGUGGUGUGGCACCUGUACGGGGGUCGGGACUUCGGGGCCCGCAGCGCGGGGGCCACAGGGGGGCAGGAGCCCAGAGUGAAGGCCCCCCCCUCCGGGGCCCGGGGCUCCCCCUCUCGCUCCGCAGGGCCCCCCCGACCGCAGAACUCCUGGAGGGCGCAGGGGGGGGGCGGGAGAGCGCACAGCAUGCUGAUGGAGAUCCAGCUCACCAAGGUGAGUUUCCAGCACGAGUCGUACCCCCCGGCGCCCCCCUGUGGCGAGGCGCGGGAGCUGCAGGACGUGCCCGUGUCCCGACAGGUCUUUAUCGUGCAGGAGCUGGAGGUUCGAGACCGACUCGCCUCCUCACAGAUCAACAAGUUCCUCUAUCUGCACACCAGCGAGAAGAUGCCCCGCAGAGCGCACUCCAACAUGCUCUCUAUCAAGGCUCUUCACCUGCAGCCCGAGUCGGGGCGGGGGGGGCCCGAGUGCUGCCUGAGAGUCAGCCUGAUGCCCCUGAGACUGAACAUCGACCAGGAUGCCCUGUUCUUCCUGAAGGAUUUCUUCACCAGUCUGGCGGGCGGCAUUAACCCCUUCCUGCCUGUGGAGACGGGCUCCGAGGUGAAGCCGGACGUCAGCCACAGAGCAGAGGCGGAGUCAGGGGCGGGGCCUGACAUGGGUGCGUCCAUGGAAACGACCUAUAGCGAGAACAGUUCCGUUUCCACUGGCUCCUCCUCCUCCUCCUCGGACCAGCCAAUCUACUUCAGGGAGUUUCGCUUCGCUCUGAAGUCUCGUCUGUUGCUAACACAGUUUUUCUGUGUGAUGGUGAUUCUGAUUUGCUGGUGCUCUUGUCCGUCUCCUCGUUCCUGUUCUAAUGCCCGCCCCCCUCCUCCUCAGGGCACGUUAGCGGGGAUCCUGAUUGGCCUGGCUCAGCUCAACUGCUCUGAACUCAAACUCAAGAGGCUGAGCUGCAGACACGGGCUGCUGGGAGUGGACAAGGUGAUCAGCUACGCUGUGAACGAGUGGCUGACAGACAUCCGCAAGAACCAGCUCCCGGGCAUCCUGGGAGGAGUGGGACCCAUGCACUCUGUGCUGCAGCUCGGUGAGACCUCACAUGGCGUUCCUGCCCUGCGGGAUCUCUUCUGGAUGCCCAUCGAGCAGUACCGCAAGGACGGACGCCUCAUCCGCGGGCUGCAGCGCGGGGCAGCCUCCUUCGGGACUUCGACUGCCUCCGCAGCGCUGGAGCUCAGCAACCGACUCGUACAGGCCAUACAGGCCACAGCGGAGACAGUGUAUGACAUCCUCUCCCCCACCCCCCCCAUCUCCCGUGGGAUCUUGGACAAGCGCAGCGGGAAGAGGCAGAGGUGGGGCCAGCAACCAGCUGACCUCAGAGAGGGCGUGGCCAAAGCCUAUGACACGGUCCGCGAGGGCGUUCUCGACACCGCUCAGACAAUCUGUGACGUUGCGACUCGCGGUCACGAGCAGAAGGGCCUGCCGGGGGCGGUGGGCGGAGUCCUGAGGCAGAUCCCGCCCACCGUGGUCCGGCCCCUCAUCGUCGCCACGGAGGCGACCUCUAACCUGCUGGGGGGCAUGCGGAACCAGAUCAAGCCGGACGCGCGCAAGGAGGACUUCUUAAAGUGGCGCACCGAGGAGAACCAGGACUGAGAGAGAGGCUGAGGUGCGCCGGGAAAAGGAGUCCCCCCGUCCCGUCCCCCCGCUGCAGAGCAAUCUGUGAGCUUCAUAAUAAUACAGCUAGUUUAUUAUUAUCAUUAUUAUUAUUAUUAUUAUUAUCAUUAUUAUUAUUAUUAUCAUUAUUAUUAAGUUCACAGAAUGAA